UCUCCCUAACACAAAGGAGAAGUAGAAAUGUAUCAAGUGACAAACUGACAGGAGAGUUACGGCAACACGGGAAUUUAUGCAAAGGAAAGACCCAAAAUAAAAUAAAGGAAAACGCAACAAGAGGCUACAGCUGACCCUAACAGGGUAUAAUAUUGCUACUUUAACAUAUUCAGUCUGGAGUGGACUCCUGACAAUGGGAACCACCCUCUGGCUGCUGUGUCUAUGUGUGGCUCGGGUCUGGUGCCAGUCCACUACAACUACCUCAACUGCUACCCCAACAACCACUCGACCACCACCUCCCAAUGUUGAUGAUGUCAUUGUAAAAGAGCGCACUGAGAUCAUGUUAAAGCUGCAGUGGGACCCAGUGUCCAAUAAUACUGCAUACAAUUACACACUGCAAUACAGCAAUGGAACUCCUAUAGAUAACAUAGCUGGAACAGCAGGUGGACCAGUGACAUAUACUGUUUCAAAUCUAACUGCUGGGACGAAGUAUGACUUCACUCUCUUCACUGUGUUUGAGAAUGUUACAAGCUUUGGACAUAACUUCUCAGCUUCUACAAGACCUCUCAGUGUUGAUGAUGUCAUUGUGAAAGAGCGCACUGAGACCAUGUUAAAGCUGCAGUGGGACCCAGUGUCCAAUAAUACUGCAUACAAUUACACACUGCAAUACAGUAAUGGAACUCAUAUAGAUGACAUAACUGGAACAGCAGGUGGACCAGUGACAUUUACUGUUUUAAAUCUAACUGCUGGGACUGAGUAUGACCUCACUCUCUUCACUGUGUUUGAGGAUGUUACAAGCUUUGGACAUAACUUCUCAGCUUCUACAAGACCUCUCAGUGUUGAUGAUGUCAUUGUGAAAGAGCGCACUGAGACCAUGUUAAAGCUGCAGUGGGACCCAGUGUCCAAUAAUACUGCAUACAAUUACACACUGCAAUACAGUAAUGGAACUCAUAUAGAUAACAUAACUGGAACAGCAGGUGGACCAGUGACAUUUACUGUUUUAAAUCUAACUGCUGGGACUGAGUAUGACCUCACUCUCUUCACUGUGUUUGAGGAUGUUACAAGCUUUGGACAUAACUUCUCAGCUUCUACAAGACCUCUCAGUGUUGAUGAUGUCAUUGUGAAAGAGCGCACUGAUACCAUGUUAAAGCUGCAGUGGGACCCAGUGUCCAAUAAUACUGCAUACAAUUACACACUGCAAUACAGUAAUGGAACUCAUAUAGAUAACAUAACUGGAACAGCAGGUGGACCAGUGACAUUUACUGUUUUAAAUCUAACUGCUGGGACUGAGUAUGACCUCACUCUCUUCACUGUGUUUGAGGAUGUUACAAGCUUUGGACAUAACUUCUCAGCUUCUACAAGACCUCUCAGUGUUGAUGAUGUCAUUGUGAAAGAGCGCACUGAGACCAUGUUAAAGCUGCAGUGGGACCCAGUGUCCAAUAAUACUGCAUACAAUUACACACUGCAAUACAGUAAUGGAACUCAUAUAGAUAACAUAACUGGAACAGCAGGUGGACCAGUGACAUUUACUGUUUUAAAUCUAACUGCUGGGACUGAGUAUGACCUCACUCUCUUCACUGUGUUUGAGGAUGUGCAAAGCACAGGGAACAGCUUCUCUGCCGUGACAACCAUCCAAUGUUCAGAGUGGAGCAUCACCAAUACAUCAUUUCAGGCUGAAAUCUUUGGGAAGUUUUCCAGUGCGAAUGCAACCAAUGGAAGCACAUCAGUGAACGGCAGAGUGGAAAACAGGAUGGUGUCCUUCACUGGCCUGUAUCCUGGCAGCACCUACACUGUGUCUCUCUACGUCCUUUUAAACUUAGUAUCCUUAAAACAAUGUGGCCAUACUUUGACACUCGUUCCUCCCCAGGUGACUGGCUUACAUUGUGGCUAUGAGUCAGGAGGCUAUGCUUUCUCACUGUCUUGGGAGCCACCACACGGUGUGUGGACGCAAGUGCAGGUGGAGAUUUCUGGGCGAAGCCCACAUAAUGUAACAGGGACACAGCUGGAUACAGUGAUUAAGGAUGUAAAACCAGCACAGACAUAUUACAUGACUGUGACAUCGGUCUCUGGAACCAUGAAGAGUAAACCUGUCUCUUUUGAGUGCACGACUGACCCGAGAGGAGUUAUUGCAGGUUCAGUGAUUGGAGUCCUGUUACUUGCUGUUCUGGUGUUUCUUGUCAUCUUCAUUUUGCGUCGUAAGCCUGAAUUGCUAAGGCCAAAAUAUUUUGUGGAAUCCCAAGUGGCCAACAAGACACAGAAUGCUAUUCCAAUAGGAAACUUUGAAGCCCACUUCAAUAAAAUGAGUCGCGAUCAGAACAGAGGAUUCAGUGAAGAGUAUGAGGACUUCAGCACAGUUGGCUCCGAGCAGGUCUGUAAAGCAGCCCUCAUCUCACAAAAUAAGGCCAAGAACCGCUUCACCAAUGUGCUGCCAUAUGAUUGGUCUCGUGUGAAACUUACCACAAUAGACGAUGAUUGCUGUUCUGAUUACAUCAACGCCAGCUACAUACCUGGCUAUGGCAAGAAUGCUAGACAGUAUAUAGCUGCUCAGGGUCCUCUUCCAUCCACAGUGAAUGACUUCUGGAGAAUGAUCUGGGAACAGAGAGCACACAGUGUAGUCAUGGUAACCAACUGCCGCGAAGGAGAAAGGGUUAAGUGUGAACAGUACUGGCCCCUGGAUUACACACCCUGUACUUAUGGAAAUAUUUUGGUCAGGGUCUCUUCUGAGAAGAAAGAAGUAAAUUGGACACUGCGAGAGUUUGUGGUCACAAAUACAUCCACGUCUGAAGUACGGUCAGUCCAGCACUUCCACUUCACUGCCUGGCCUGACCAUGGAGUUCCAGACGGGACCACAGCACUGAUGCAGUUUAGGGGGCUUGUCCGUCAGCAUAUAGAAUGCUGUGGUUCUGCCGGGCCCACAGUGAUUCACUGCAGUGCAGGAGUAGGCCGGACUGGUACUCUAAUAGCCCUUGAUGUGAUGCUGCAGCAGCUAGAGAAGGAGCAAAAAGUGGGCCUCGCUGCCUAUGUACAUAAGAUGAGACUGAGUCGACCUCUCAUGGUGCAGACUGAGUCCCAGUACAUCUUUUUGCACCAGUGCAUUCUGGACUCUUUGAAGCCCAAACUGGGGAAGAUUCAAGAAGAGCCCCUUUAUCAAAAUGUUGACAUGAUAUAUGUCAAUUCCACUGCACUCAAUGAGUUCCAUUCAGCCAACCAAAAUGGCUAGGUACACCCUGAUGUUAUGAAGUCCCUACAUACAUUUUAUUCAACACCUGUUUUUCUGUUGUGUCUCCACUAAUCCAGUUUUACUACUAAUGUAAAGGAUUAAAUUUAAUGUCCUGAAAGUUGUGAUAAUUUAUUUCAUGUAAAUGUUAGUACAUAGAGUACAACUUUAAGUCAAGUUAAUUUUUAUGCAUGAUGUGAAUUGUUUAUGUCAAAAAUUACAAACAAUAAAAAUGCAUGUUUUUCUUUGGAA